UUAAGGAGAGCUUCGGAAAAUACUGUAAACCCCUCACUGUUCUUCGAACUCGGAUCAGAAUCUAAGAUCGGAGAAAUGGCGGAAUCAGAGGAAGUGGCGAAGCAAUCCAACGGCGACAUUGAGGUUGAGUUUGCCGGCGACGGCCCCCGCCUCGGCGCCGUUCUACGAGACUUGUUUGCCGGCCUCGCCGCCGACGGGAAGUCGCCGCUUUCCCAUCGCAUUCGAGUCUCUCUCUCCUCCAACGCACCUCGCCUCAAAGAUGCGUCAAGGAACUCUGCUCAAGCUCUUGCAAAAUGGACUCGACGGGGCGGAGCUCUGCGAGGUCUACUCGUCAUCUCGGUCGGGACAAUAGCACUUCUGGCUUUGACAGGAUUGCUGGUUUUCACUCUUUUCUUUUUGGUGGCAACAUUCAAUGCUGUCAUUAUCUCCCUUCUCAUGUCUCUGGCGGCAGCUGGUGGAUUUUUAGCUCUUUUCUUCGUCUUCAUCACGGCAAUAUAUGUUGGAGCACUAUCUGUCGCAGCGUUCUUUAUCUCGUCCAUCGUUACAUUAACAGUCAUUGGAGUCAUUGUAGCAACUGGAUGGGUUGGAUUCAUAUGGGCUGCUUGGAUUGCUGCCAAGAAGAGCUUGGAUGUCACCAAGCAUUCCAUCAGAUAUACUGGAUCCGCAAUUUCAACCUAUUCCGCUCGUUUUGGCCCCCAUUAUCCCUCCCCUAAGUCCGCCAAUCAAAAGUAUGAUUAGCCUAAUCUCAUCUCCUCACUCUUCUUUCUAUAUAUAUAUAUAUAUAUGAAUCUAUGCAUCUGCUUAGGUAUUUUGUGGAGCGAAUCAUAUAAAUGGGUUGUAAUAAUAUUCUGCUGUGUGGAAGUUGGGGGACUGGGAACCGAAAGGAUGCUUUUUGAAUGAUGCUUGAAAAACUUAGUUUUGCA